UUGGUGCUCUCACGUCCGUUCUACCGCAAGGAUGGGUCCUGUGGCUACUGUAAGCACGCACCCAAAGGCGACGCCUACGCCUUGCGUUCCAUCGAAAAGGCGGCUAGAGCAGUAGAUGCCGAGCCGCCAAGCUCCACCAGCAUGGGCUUUCAUGCCUACCAGUUUUCUCCCGACAUGUACGACCGCUUGAUCCAAUUAGGGUUCCGUCGCUCUGGCCACUUCACCUACAAGCCCGACAACCUCCGCAACUGCUGUCGGAUGUACACCAUCCGCACAUCCGACGUACCCAACACCAAGGAGCACAGACACGCAGUGAAUCGCUUCAUCCGAAACAUCACUGGAUCACUGGAGACAAAGAAGAAUCUGCUGUUCAGCCUCGCAAAGACGCUCACCGCGGGCGAGGCGCGGGCCGACCCUAAGCGGUUUUACACGCGAUUCGGACCCGCCGCCUUUUCCAAGGAGAAGUACGACUUGUAUCGUCGCUAUCAACAACAUGUCCACCAGGACAGGGAAAUAUCCGAGAAAGGAUUCAAGGGCUUUUUGUGCGACUCCCCAUUCGAUACGCUGGAGUUGGACGAGGAGUUCUGGGAGGUGCUUAACGGCAGGAGCAGCGGUAAAUUAGCCAGUUUUGGGCCAGUGCAUGAAUGUUACUAUAUCGAUGAAAAGCUCUGUGCGAUUGCGGUGCUUGAUGUCUUACCGUCUGGAAUCUCUUCUGUGUACUUCAUCUGGGACCCAGCGUAUGCUUCCUGGGGCUUGGGGACGAUCGGUGGCUUGCGAGAGGUCGCUCUUACCCAGCGCCUCGGGCUUGCUUACUACUAUCUCGGCUUUUACAUCGCAGACUGCCACAAAAUGAAGUACAAGGCCAAGUUCGGGGGCGAGAUUUUGGACCUUGCGACCUACGAGUUCUGGGCCUUGAAGGACGUCUCAGUAAAGCUCCAGGAUGGCCGAUUUGCCACCUUGGUGGAAUCUGCCACGGACGAAACGGUGCCUCUUGGCGAAUUUAGGUUGGACUACGGCUCUUAUGCGCCCCAACGCCACGAACUAACGUCCGGGCAGGCUAGGGAUGUGAGCGAAAACGUCUAUGGGGUUGGUAGAAACGCCUAUACAAAGGCCGAGAGGUUUGCUGCCAAGCUUUCACUGGAGUAUGGGCUCAAAUACUAUAACGAGCACAACAACCCGCUCUACGUGACAAAGGACCAGGACGAGGAGGAUGAAGGGAAGCACAUGACCACGUUACCGUUCGUGGUGCCGGGGAUCUUGCCCCUCUGGCAGGUG